AUGUCUCGUCGAACCCCAAGUCAUUCGGCAUCGGAGCCGAGCACCGGCAACGGCGUGGACGGAGAUGUCAGUCAAGAGAAGCAGAAGACACUGCUCCGGGCUGAGACUGGGCAUUUCACCAUGGUUAGGACCUUGCACCUUGCGGAUCUUAUAACGGAACUGAAUGGUUUCUGCGGAUUUAUGUCGGUCCUGUCGUCCAUGCGAUACCUGUCGGAGCCCGAAAGCCUCAAUAACAUAUGGUUCGCGCUUGCGUUUAUGCCGUUUGGUCUCUUCUUCGACUUUAUGGACGGGCGAGUUGCAAGAUGGCGCAAAAAGUCGUCUUUGAUGGGUCAAGAGUUGGAUUCUCUUGCAGACUUGAUCUCUUUCGGCGUUGCGCCAGCAGUAGCAGCCUUUGCUCUGGGAAUGCGAACUUCCGCCGACCACCUGUUCCUUAGCUUCUUCGUCCUUUGUGGCUUGACCAGACUAGCACGGUUCAACGUCACAGCUGCUGUUCUCCCCAAGGACAAGAGCGGAAAGUCGAAAUACUUUGAGGGUACUCCUAUACCUACAUCUCUCUCCAUUGCGAGUCUCAUGGCCUAUUGGGUUUCUCAAGGCUGGAUCCACGAGAACUUGCCGUGGGGAACUGUUCUCCAAGGCACCAUGUUUGAGUUUCACCCUGUGGUGUUAUUGUUUGUACUUUGGGGCUGUUUGAUGGUCAGCAAGACGCUGCGUAUACCCAAGCCCUGA